UACAAAGCGCAUUAAAAAGCCACAAAAAAUCAAAGCAUCCACCGGUAAAACCAGCUGUUUUGCCAAUUAUAUCUAUGGAACAGAUGGAGUCCUUUGAGCACAUAGAAGAAGACAUUUAUUUGUCGGUGGUAUGUUACUUUGAAUUUCUUGGUGGCUUUCAUAUUAAAGAGGUAAUAAAUACGUGCUUGAAAGAAGCAGUACAAGAUGCCCUGACGCUGCGUUUCACCUGGUGCGGUAAUGAACAUCAGAAGUCUUUUUCUCAAACUCGUCUUGUGCGGGCGAUUUUUGAAGCUGCAUGCAAUAAUAAUAAUUUUAAAUCACCUACUCGAUUAGAAUUUCAAAAAUACAUGAAAGAGGUUCUACGAACAGCGAAAGAAAGAAACAGGAGCCGAAGCCGGAAAAAGCAACGGGCAGUCCCGACUGAUCAGAGCAAUCGUGCUUAUUGGAAUGAUAAUGGAAGUAACACUACAAACGACAUAAAAAACACGGAGCCCAGUACUGAUGAGUAGAUAUAGGCAGAGACAUACAAUAAUACUAUUUUAUCCUACAGUAUUAAUUACAAAGUAAAACGAAACUUUUUUGCGCAUUUAACAAAGGAUUUUUAUGUAUACGUAUUUAUGUCUUUUUUUAUGUAUAUCUAUGUUAAAAUAUUAUUUAUGUGCAGUAUGUAUCACAUGUUUAGGCACUAUUUCAAUCUUACAAUAUGUUUUCAUAUGCAUAUGUAUGCAUAUUAUUUGUAAGCAGGAGUUUAUGUUUUAUUUUAUGUUUUAUUUUGGUACUACAUUUUAGAAGAACUGCAAUAUUAAGUUUUACCAAAGAACAAUAGAGAGAGAAAGUUUAUUGUCGCCUAUAAUAUAUAUAAUAUAUUAUACUCGUUGAAUGUU